AUGGCUUAUGUUUUACGGUAUCUGAUUAUCAUUAAUGCCGGUUUGCUCUCUAUAGCUGUAUUGAUAUCUGCCAAUAACGAUGAUUCAGCCACGAUCAAUAUCGCAAAUGGUCCUAUCCAAGGCAAGAAAGAAGCUAUUCUUAAUAAUACAAUUUAUAGCUUUCUAGGGAUUCCGUAUGCCCUACCCCCGAUCGGUUCACGACGUUAUCAACGAGCUGUGCCAAUUAAAUCGAAAUGGAAAAAAACACGCCAGUGUUUCCACUACCAAUCAUCAUGUUCUCAACAUCGAUCUCCAACCUCAUUUUAUGAUCGAACAAAUCCAAAUGGUCCGGAAUAUAAUUUCAGCGAAGAUUGUCUUUAUGUUAAUGUUUUUACACCUACACUUGUAGCAUCGGAUAAUCUACCAGUUAUUGUGUGGAUUCACGGUGGAAGCAUGUUGCAUGGUAAUGGAGCUUGGUGGCAUGGACAAACGUUAGCUAGUCAUGAGAAUGUGAUUGUAGUUACGAUAAAUUAUCGUUUAGGAUCUUUUGGGCUACUUGCUACUCGAAACUCCGCUAAUAAAGUAAUUAUUGAACCCAAUUUGAGCUUGUGGGAUCAAAAUCAAGCAUUGAAAUGGAUACAAAAUAAUAUUGCCUACUUUGGUGGUAACGCGAAAAACAUUGUGCUAAGUGGCCAUUCUGCAGGAUCCCUUUCUAUAACAUAUCAUAUGAUGUCUCCAGAGAGUCGAGAUUUGUUUCAUAGUGUGGCUUUAUUUAGUGGCACAAAUAUGAUGAAAGAAGCAUAUCAUCAAGGAUGGGAAGAGUUAGAUGGGGAAUUUGAUUUGUUUCUUUCAAAGACAUCUUGCAAUAACAGCAGAGAUGCAGUUGAAAAAUCGGUAGAGUGUUUAAAGCAACUUAGUCAUGAUGAAUUAUUAAUAGCGCAAGAAGAAGCCAUGAAGUCGUCAAGAUUUCCAUUUCGACCUGUUGUUGGUUCUGAAUUUAUACUUGAUAAUCCUAGACUACUACUUGAUCAAGGUUUGAUCAACCCAAUGAAUAAUAUACUUAUAAGUACAGUAAAAGAUGAUGGUGCAGUAUUUAGCGCUGAGCUUCCGGGCUCGGAAUAUGGUAUCCCUCGACAAGUACUGGAUAAAAUGAUUCACUAUAUCUACAGUGACUAUCCUGAGACCAUUCGCUCCCUAAUCACCCAUGAAUAUACUCGUAAUGUGGAAGUAAAUGAUUUCAUUCAAAAUCGCCAUCUACUCGAUCGAAUGUUAACUCAAGGAUUUUUUCAAGCACCCGCUGCUGAACUUGCCAGUAAAUUAGGAGAGCAUAAUUAUUCCUCGUACAUGAUUCUGUUUGAUCAAUUUACUGCUGGUUCAGCAUAUUAUCCACAUUAUGCUGGAGUUAUUCAUCAGAUGGAAGUGCCAUAUAUCUUUGGUUAUCCAUUGCAUCAACCCGAUUAUAUUAAAGAUAAUUAUACAGAAGAUGAUGUGGAAGUGAGCAAGCAUAUGAUGAAGAUGAUGAGCAGUUUAGCUAAGAAUGGGUAA